AUGGAAGCCGUGCCGGCCUCGUUCGCCUACGUGGUGGCGUUUGGUGUGCUGCAGUACCAGCAGCGCCUGCCGGUCCAGGAAAGCACGCAACCCGUGGUCGCCUCCAGCUACACGAAUGUCCAGGACUGGCUGUCCGAGGGUGCACUUUGGAUGGAUUGGGUUCACCAGGGUUCGCUGGUGGCCUGUUCGGCGAGCGUCCUGGUGAAGGUGAACUGCGACGUACUGCGUAACAUUAUCGUGCAGGGCGGUGGUCCCAUGGUGGUUUGUCUGAGGUGUUGUGCGAUAUUGUUCGCGCACCACCUGGAAAAGGGAGCGCGCGUGCCGAGCUCGCACCUGAGCGACGUCAGCCUGCCGAGCGAGCACCUGACCGCCAUUUCCAUGAGGGCGCUGCAGUUCUGCAAGCUGGCCAGCAGGACGAGCUCGGGCAGGUACACGAUGGUGAGCAACCAGUCGCUGCCCCAGGGCGCCCCUAUGCCGUGGACGGCACCACGUCGCACGGGAUGUCCCUGCACGUAG